AAAGACCACAACAAAAAAAAGAAAAAAGAGAGUGAGGCUGAGAGAGAUAUACUCAUCAAUAUUUUUCUCACACCUGCACACACCAUACACUUAAAAAAAAACAAAUCAACAAUUUUUUCUUUGGUUUUCUUUAUAUUUUUUAUCUCUUCCCCCUUUCUGUAAUCAUCCCGCUUCUUUGAUCCCUUUCUGUAAACUAUCUGUGUUUUUUCAAGAAGUUUUUCUGACUUUUGAGUUUGUGUUUUUGAUGUUUUGAACUUAAAAAUGGAGAAAAUGCAAACUUUUAAUUAGAGGAAAAAGGUUUUCUUCAAACCCAGGUGUUUUCAGAAUCGAGAUCUAGUAAAGUAAUUAAGUAUAUUUUUUUUAGUUUUUUUUUUAGGUUUCUGCAAAAUCAAGCUUAGAGGGCUUUAUUAGUUGUCCCUCAAAGUUUGUUUGCUUAAAGGAGAAAAAGAGGGGUUGUUAUUUGAAGACCUCUCUGUUAUUCUCUUUCUCUGUUUAUAGCAAAAUCACUCACCUGUUUUCUUUUAUUUGAUAAGAAACAGGUUCUUUCUUUUUGAAUUUGUGUAUUUUUAGGUAUGGCUGCAGCUAUGGAUUAUUGGAAUAGUACAUCUGUAGAUCUUCAAUCAUCAUCAGAACCUAUUACUUCUGGUGGUGAACUAAUGGAAGCUCUUGAACCUUUUAUGAAAAGUGCUUCUUCUUCUCCUUCUCCUCCACCUUCUACUUUUCCUCCUGUUUUCUCUUCUCCUUCCUCAGAUUUCCAACCUUUUCCUUCAUUUCCUCCUCCAACUCCAACUCCCACCAUUUCAUAUCCCUACGCUUCCUUUUACCCAACUCCUCAAUCUAUUAUGAGCUCUGAUGUUUGUUCCACUUCCAGAGAUACGAAUUCCCAAAUCUUUUCAACUGGGUUUUCCGCGUAUGGAAUGGAGCAAUCGGGUUCAAUCGGGUUGAAUCAGUUAACCCCAAUUCAGAUCCAGCAAAUUCAAGCUCAAAUCAACUUCCAAAACCAACAACAGCAGCAGCAGAUGAUGUUACAGAAUGCUCAUCAUGCUUCCACCAUGAACUUCUUGGCUCCAAAGCCGGUUCCGAUGAAGCAAUCCGGAUCACCGCCAAAACCAACUAAGCUCUACAGAGGUGUCAGACAACGCCACUGGGGAAAGUGGGUCGCUGAGAUCCGAUUGCCGAAGAACCGAACCCGGCUUUGGCUUGGUACCUUUGAUACUGCCGAAGAAGCUGCUUUGGCUUACGACAAGGCGGCGUAUAUGCUUCGAGGUGACUUUGCUCGGCUGAACUUCCCUCAAAUCCGCCACAACGGCAACCUUAUCGGUGGUGAAUUCGGUGAAUACAAUCCAUUGCAUUCCUCUGUUGAUGCUAAGCUAAAGGACAUAUGCCAGAGCUUGGCACAGGGGAAGAGCAUUGAUUCUAAGAAGAAAAAGACCAAAGGGUCGUCGGCAUCGGCGGUGGUGAAGAUGGAGGAAGAGGAGAGCAAGGUUGCAGAAGUUGGAUCCGAGAGUGACGGGUCGGGUUCCGGUUCCGGUGGAUCAUCGCCUUUAACUGAUCUGACAUUUCCAGAGUUCACUGAGGAAGAGCCAACAUGGGACAUGUCGGAAAAUUUCUUGUUGCAGAAGUAUCCAUCUUAUGAGAUUGAUUGGGCUUCUCUAUAAAAUUAAGAAAAAAAUAGUAUUACUUAGGAAUUAAGUCGAAGUUAAGAGGUCUCUUAUGUAUUUUUUGCAUUGUUUAUAAUUGUUGAUGGUGGUUUUAGGUCUUUUAGGUCCAGGGGACAUUCAGUCGCUGCAAUGGAGUUUUUGGCAAUUGCAGGGCAAGUUCCUUUUGUAGUUUUUCGUAUUUUAGGUUAAAAUCCCAACUGGUUAGCUGAUUUUUUUGUCUUGGCAAGGCCAGUGGAUUUGAUGUAUUGUCAUGGUUGUACUCUUUUAUUAGUGUCGAUAUUUCUUAGUACUAA